GAGAGAGUGGAAGCGAAGGCGGGAGGCUUCUCCGCGCCACUAGCGCGAGGUACGCUGUUGAAGAUCUCGGGGGUGGAAAUUCUCGAGCCAAGGCGCCAGCGCUUUGAUCUUCGCGGUUUCUUGGAGCGCAAUGGUGUAGUCGGGGACAGGGCUGGGAAAUAUGAAGAAAAGAAGGCGAUUGGAGUAGUGCUGGAUGCUACAUUGGUGUGGAUCAUGCUUGCCGCUGGCGAGCGUGAGCAGAGAGCUGGAUGGGGAGUUUAGAAUUUCGGCUAGACAAUGGAGGACGCUAUACAGCAGCUGUGCGCGAAGGACACCAAGGAGAGGAUGGCCGGGGUGGAAAGGUUGCAAACGCUUCUAGAGAAUAGCCGGAAGGGCCUGUCGGUGACGGAAGCUAGCCAUCUUGUGGACGCUACGUUGGGUCUUCUCAAGGACAACAACUUUAAAGUAUGCCAGGGAGCUUUGCAAGCGCUGGCUCUGGCCGCGGCACUCGCGGGCGAGCACUUGAAGUUCCAUUUCAACGCUCUCUUGCCGGCGGUCGUGGAAAGGCUCGGAGAUGGAAAACAGCCCGUGAGAGAUGCUGCGCGACGGUUGCUGCUCGCGCUCAUGGAGAUAUCAUCUCCGUCGACGAUCGUUGAGCGUUCUGGGAAUUGUGCGUGGACGCACAAGAACUGGCGGGUGCGGGAGGAAUUUGCUCGCACCGCUGCUUCUGCUAUCAACUUGUUCUCUGCGAAUGAGCUUCAAAGGCUUCUACUUCCGCCGAUCUUGCCCUUGUUGGAAGACUCAAAUACGAGCGUGAGGGAGGCAGCUAUGAUGUGUGUAGAGGAAAUGUAUCGGCAAGGUGGUAUACAGUUCAAAGAGGAGCUGCAACGCCAUUCUCUACGAGCCAGUCAGCUCAAGGAUAUUUUGUCUAGAUUUGACAAAAUAGUUAUCAAGACGCAAAAUCUUUCGUUGGCGCCGGAGCCCAAACACUCCUCAACUGGAAAUCGCCGAAAUAGUCCGAAAGCAAAGUCUUCCCUCGAGAUUCCCAGUACUGUUGAAGCUGAAGCGAGUGAUAAACCUGUGGAACCUAUUCGAGUUUCUUCUGACAGAGAUUUGGCAAAAGAAAUAGAAAAGGUAGCCAGCAUGCUUACUCCAGAGCAAGACUGGUCUGUCCGCAUAGCGGCCAUGCAACGGGUGGAGGGACUUGUUGCUGGAGGUGCUGUGGAGCAUAUGUGUUUUCCAUCUCUCCUCAAACAGCUCGUUGGGCCUCUUUCUCUCCAGUUAUCUGACAGGCGGUCUAGCAUAGUAAAACAGGCAUGUCAUCUGAUGAAUCUCUUGUCCAAGAAUUUGCUGUCCGACUUCGAAGCUAUAGCGGAGGCCAUUAUACCGGUUUUAUUUAAGCUGGUUGUUAUAACAGUAUUGGUGAUAGCUGAAUCCGCUGACAAUUGCAUCAAAACGAUGCUUCGGAAUUGUAGGGUGGCUCGUGUACUUCCUCGUAUUGUUGACUCUGCAAAAAAUGAUCGGAAUGCCACUUUAAGAAUGAGGUGUUGUGAAUAUGCGUUGGUAGUGUUAGAACGAUGGGCGGAUUCUCCUGAAAUACACCGGGCAGCUGACUUGUUUGAGGAUUUGAUAAGAUAUUGCGUUGGGGAUGCCAUGAGCGAGGUUAGAUCCAUGGCAAGGUCUUGCUAUCGGCGCUUUGCAAAAACAUGGCCUGACCGUUCUCGUCGACUUUUUUCAACAUUUGAUCCUGUCAUCCAGAAACUGCUUAACGAAGAGGAUGGCAGCGUCCCGAAACGGUAUACUUCUCCUACUCGCGAAAGAGGCCAUCAUCUGAGAAAUUCGGCUUCCGUAACUGUAAAUACAGUCGUGCCGCCGCCAACAACGCAGCUGGAUAGGAGCGUCAACUCUUCGAUGUCGGGAAAUUUUCUCAAUCAUAGAAGAUCCGCGGAACAACUUGCCGAACGUAAUUUAGAGAAUGUUCUCCAAGCUAGUCAACAACAAGUAAAUGCCAUCGAGACGAUGCUUAAAGGCAUGGACGUUCCUGAUAAGGCGGUGGUUUCAACUACGGCUCGAUUAAUUGGAAAGGAUCCAGUCGGUGGAAGUUACCGAAAAAUUCACGCUCCUGGACGUGUUAAUGUGGAUCCUCCGUCUGCCCGGGAUCCACCCCAUCCCGCAUCUGCGCCAGCAGCAAAUAUCGUUAGUAAUCGGGCACCGUCCUUGCCAUCCAAUUUCCGUGGGGGCCUGAGUUGUCCUUCCGAAGCUUUGCAGCAGUCCUUUACGGAUCAUGGAAGAUCAGCGAGGGAAACCAGUGGAAACGUUGCAAAGAGAGUACCGAUGACCACUGAAAGAUCGAGUCAAACUUUGUCCGGCGAGCCUAUUGACGUGAAGGGGCCGAAGCGCAUUCUAAGGACCGAACCUGUGCAAGAAGGCAUACCAGGUUUCCAGCGACCUCUCAUGCGCAGCUUGAUAUCUGGGAAGUCUUCGGUGAGCAGUAGAAGCAGUGUCGAAGAGGCUCAAGCGUCAUACUCAGAACCUUUCACCUGUUUGGACGGGCUUAUGUCACUGAACGACGCGUUAACGGAGGGCCUUAGCAUGAACGCGGACUGGUCAGCUAGAGUUGCAGGCUUUACAUAUCUUCGGAAGCUUCUACAGCAAGGACCAAAGGGGCUACAUGACGUGAAUCAGAACUUUGAGAAGGUCAUGAAACUGUUUUACGAGCAUCUCGACGAUCCGCACCACAAAGUUGCACAGGCAGCCUUGUCAACACUGGCCGAAGUCGUACCUCCUUGCAGAAAGCCUUUUGAGGCUUACUUGGAGAGAAUCCUUCCUCGAGUUUUCGCGAGACUUAUAGACGGUAAAGAAGCUAUCCGCCAGCUUGGUACGUCAGCUUUGGAGAUCAUCGGCAACAUAUAUUCGAUCGACUCGCUACUUCCGGCCUUGUUAAGGUCACUGGACGAGCAGCGUUCUCCCAAGGCAAAGAUGGCUGUCAUUGAGUUUGCGAUUGCCGCUUUUGCGAAGCUGGCUCUCAACGGUGAGGCUCCUGGAGGCAGUGGUAUGCUCAAACUCUGGCUUGGAAAACUAGCUCCUCUUGCGAACGAUAAGAACCCCAAGCUAAAAGAGACGGCUGUUACUGGCAUUAUCUCCGUUUAUUCACACUUCGACUCCGCGACGGUCUUAAAUUUCAUCUUGGGACUGUCGGUUGAAGACCAAAGUAUUUUACGACGAGCCUUGAAGCAGUACACUCCGAGAAUCGAAGUCGAUCUUAUGACAUACCUGCAAAACAGAAGCCAAAGAGCAAGGUCCAAGACGGCAACCAACCAUGACGAGCUUCCAACGCCUUCGGAAGAUAACUCUGCCGGCAUGCAAGUGAAAAACUCAAAGGUUCAGCCAGUGAACAACGAAGGUAAUGGUUUGAAGCGGAAUUCCAUGCACUCGGACAGGCUGGGUGACUUCGAGCCAGGCAAGCUUUUCCACUCGGACUACGACAUGUAUGUCAGUACUGAAGAUCCAAUAGGCCAUGCUCGGGAGGUGCACCAUGUGGACACAACGAGUCUGGACAAGUCUGUUCGAGACAGCGACGCAAGGAGUAUUCCGCUUAAUCCGAUGGGAUUUGUGGACUCUCGGAUGGUUCCUUCUUCGACAGUUGAUCAGGAUGUCUACAAAACUCAUACCACCGGGUAUGAGUAUUUGUACGAAGAAUUGCACCGUAAGCCGCACAGGGGGACACAUCCGGAUACUGGCCCAGGCAGACUGCUGCAAAAGCUCUUAAACUGGAUGGAAGUACCCGUUCAUGAAAAACGCGAAGCCUUUCAGGAGCUUUUGCAGUUGCUGCGGUCAAACGACUUUACUCUUUGGUCGCAGUAUCCGAACCAGAUAUUGUCAAUGAUACUGGAGGCUUUCGAUGACCCCGACUCACAAUUGAGGGAGAUUUCGCUAACAGCGAUAUCCGAGAUUGUCACUAUUCAGAAAGCGCUGAUAGAGAACAGCAUCGAAAUCAUCCUAGAGAAACUUAUACAUGCCACGAAAGAUCUUUCAGUAAAGGUUUCUACCAUCGCUGACCGUUCUUUGAGCGCCGUGCUAUCCCAAUGUAAUCCUCAACGGUGUCUUGGUGUUGUGAUGCCUCUUUUGGUUAGUGACGAUGAUAAGACUCUUGUCACUUGCAUUAGCUGCCUGACAAAGCUUGUCACUCGACUUCCUCAAGAGGAGCUCAUGGCACAACUCCCGUCUUUCUUGCCAGCAUUGUUUGAUGCUUUUGGCAAUCAAAACGCCGAUGUUCGAAAGACCGUCGUCUUCUGCUUAGUUGAUAUUUACAUCGUACUUGGGAAAGCCUUUGUUCCGUACCUCGGAAGCCUCAGUAGCACCCAGCUACGACUUGUAACAAUUUACGCGAACCGCAUAUCACAGGCCAGAACUGGCGCAACUUUGGACACACAAUAACGACUGGCAAACCCAGUCAAUCAGUCAUCAUGUACAGUAACGUGUAACAACACUGACCAAGCCUUCAAUUUUUGCAAUGAACGGACGUCUUCACGCUUGUUUUUGGAAGUUCCUCUUGCAGAUCUAUUCUAAACCAUUGCUCAAAGAGAAUAAGCUACAAAACUAUUCUUCAUGCUGAUACGAAUUCUUGAUCACAGUGGUGCGGUCUGAUUGAUGAUAUACCAGAACAGUAAGUAACUCUUGAUUUACUUUUA